AUGGCUUGUUGUUACAUAGCCGCCUUUUGCGUGGGCCAGUUGGUCAAGACGUGUCAGUUUCUGGAUCUUGACCAAACCAUCCAGUACAAUGAUGAGCUCGACCCUACGGGCUCCCUCCAUGAUGGUUCACAGGCCACUGAUCAAAACGGCGGAUCGAAGCCCGAUAACACCAGACCGAACCAGACGUGUGCCAUUCUGUCCAUCGACGGGCUGACCUGUUCAGCAUGCGUGCAGACCGUCAACCAAGCCCUCGAGGGGUUGGAAGAGGUCCAGGAGGCGCGCACCUCGCUCCAGACGCACGAGGCUGUGGUAAUCGGCAAGAAUGGGGAGCCCCUUGACGCAGCUCGCCUGGUCACCGCCGUCGGCGAGGCUGGCUAUGAAGGGCGGCCAGGCCCUCGGACACACGGCGAGGUGCUGGAACUCUUGCAAUUGAAAGAGGACAUCGCACUUUUGCGAAGGUCGUUUUCGGGCUUGGGCCGAUACGGCAUCGUUCUGCAGAUGCUUGUCUCUGCCAGUGGCAUCAAUGGGAGCCUGGGGCAUUCUCAAAGCUCCGCCGCAGCACUCUUGACGGGGACCCUGCGGGUCGCCUCGGCCAUUGUCGCCGUCAUGGGCCAGUAUCAGCAUGCGCGAUGGAUGCACACGGACUGUUGGCGGCUGCUGAGAAAGGGAAGCUUGAACAUGAAUUCGCUCAUUUCUUUCUCGACACUCCUCGGUCUCGGCUUCACUUUCCUGGACAUGUUGAUUACGGGGCCCCUGGCGUCAACGUCAUAUGCCCUGACCACCUCCGGGCUGACCCUGGUCGUGGUCGCCGGAAGAUACCUCGAUAUCUUGUCGAGGAGACAGGCGUCCAAACAUCUGGUCAAGUUGUACGGAGCGCUUUCGGACCCGGACUAUGUGCAAAUGCAUCCUAGGGGGAAGAAAGUACCAAGCACUUUUCUACGUCACGGAGACACCAUCUCUCUCACCCCCUUUUCCGUUGUUCCUUGUGACUGCUACGUGGUCGAGGGCACCUCGAGCGUCAACCAGUCACUCGUCACUGGCGAGGCCUUGCCUGUGACCAAAUCCUCGGGUGAUUACCUGCUGGCGGGAACUAGGAAUCUCAAUGGUGUCCUUAUCUGUGUCGUGCACAGGGAGCGGCAAGAAUCAUUCUACGCCCAGCUCGUGCAAAGCGUCUCCCAGGCUGGCGCCAACAAGUUCAAGGGUCAGGACACCAUUGGCGUGGUCACACGCUAUUUCUCCAUGGGCGUAGUAGUACUGGCAGUUCUGUCGCCCACAUUGCAGCUAUACUACGGGCCCGAUCUGGACUUGAUCGAAUUCUAUACCGCCAUGUCACGAUUCAUCGAGCGUGCCAUGACAAUCCUGGUCAGCGCAUGUCCAUGCGCACUUGGCCUUGCGGUGCCAUCAGCAGUCAUCGCCGCAGUUGAUGCUGCACAUUCCAAAGGAAUGCUCCUGACCAAAGGUGCUUCGACCCUCCAGGAGCUGGAACGAGUCGAGCAGAUUGUCUUUGACAAGACAGGUACACUGACGAAAGGCACCUUUGAAGUCGAAAGCGUCGAGCUACACCCAGCUUGGAAAGGCAGGGAGGCCAAAUUGUGGAUUCUUGUCUGCGCUCUCGAAGAACACGAGGCGAAAGGACAUCCGGUCGGCUUGGCCCUGUUCAAGAAGGGCAUCCAAGAACUCGGCCCUACAUGGCUCAAUCACAGUACUCAAACGAAGUUGUCUGACAUUGCCUCGGUCCCCGGCCAAGGAGUGGCAGGUAGAAUUGCCAUUGAUACCGGCCAAGGGUCAUCCUCGUGGCACCAUGUUUGUAUCAGCGGUCAAGCUUUCCUGGAAAAGGAUGGUGUUGCCCUAGGCUUCGGCUUGAAAGGACCGUCGAGCGGCGAAGGAAGGUCGGGCAUUGCUGUUCAAAUCGGUGUUGACGGAAUCUGUGCGGCAACAUUGCGUUUGCAGUUGACCGGAGACACGAGUGCCGAGGCUUCCAGAGUUGCCCUUACCUUGGGAGUGCCUAUACUGGCCUCCCGAGCUAGCCCGUCGGACAAGCUCCGGUGCAUCGAGUCGCUGCAAAAAUCCGGUACCAAAGUUGCCAUGAUUGGCGACGGAUUGAAUGACGCCCCAAGCUUGGCUGCUGCCGACGUGGGAAUCAUCAUGACCUGCAACUCGACCGCUGCGACUGUUGGGGGAUCGGUCAUGAUUCUCAAUUCCGACAUCGGUUGCCUGCCCUUGCUCUUCGACAUCGUCAAACAGACCAUGCGACAGAUUCGUUUCAAUGUGACUUGGGCAAUCUGCUACAACCUGAUGGCUCUGAGCCUCGCCACAGGCCUUGUGACGCCGCUGGGAUUCACCUUAACUCCGUAA